AUGGCGUUUAGCUACCGGUAUUCUAUCUCUCAACUUCGCCAACUCAGGCCCGCAGCCCCCCCUGGACCUCUUUCCUCCAUCCUCAAUAAACUCGGACUUCUUCGCCGUCCUCGCUACAUCCAUAGAGGCACCGGUCGAAAAUUCAUCUUCCACCUCCAAACAACCGGCUCUGCGACAAACAUCCCAUCUCUCUGGUCCCAUGUCGCACGUCUGACAUGUCAUCAGAGCACCGUCGUAUCUGCUGACAUCAAAACGGGAAACACCGCGAGAUCUCGGCACUCCAGUGCGAGUAACACCGCGAGAUCCUCGCUCACUAGGCUGGACAGAAGACGAGGAGCGGAUUCCAGUCUGCGCGGAGUGGACUUCAAAGUUCUGCGUUCUGUACAACGAUUCACCCCACAGGCACUGGUUAAAUUCGAACUUUUCAAUGUACAGUCUAUUAACAAUAAAUCCUCCCUGAUUGAAGAACACAUCAGGGAGAAAGGAUUGGACUUCAUGUGUCUUACAGAAACCUGGCACCAGUCACAGGUUUACUCUGCCCUUAAUGAGGCCUGUCCCCCUGGUUACACCUAUCUGGAGGUAGCUCGCAGCACUGGUCAUCGAGGUGGUGGUCUAGCGGUCAUCCACCGACAGGACCUGGAGCUGUCCUCCAUCUCGCUGUCUCCAACAUCAUCCUGUGAGUGCCUUGCAUUCAAAUGUAAGCCCCCCUUUCCAGUGACUGUUCUCCUGAUCUACCGACCCCCCAAACCCAACUCUGCUUUUAUCCCGGAAAUGGCUGACCUUCUCUCAACACUCUGCACCACUUCUGCUAAUACUAUUAUUCUGGGAGACAUUAAUAUUCAUGUUGAUUCCCCUUCAUGCAAACCUGCUGCAGAUUUCCUUCAGCUAUUGGACACCUUCAACCUACAGCAGCAUGUUGAUGUCCCCACACACUCCCGGGGGCACACAUUGGACCUGGUCAUUUCAAACUCCGCCCCUAUCAGUAACCUUCAGGUGUACGACCUUGGUGUUUCUGAUCACAAGGUCGUAUCCAUGGAACUACCCUUUCCUUCCCCCCACUCCAAACCCAAGCGGCAGUUUCUUUUUCGUAAUUUAAAGAAUAUCAACGCUGAUGCCCUGGCUCUGGACCUACAACAUCUCUCCUCUGUUUCCACCCACUUCCCCUCUGUUACUGACUCAGUGGAUUUUUACAACCAGUCACUGAGCAGUCUUCUGGACCUCCACGCCCCCCUAACAUCUAGGUCAGUCUCUUUCUCACGCUCAGCACCUUGGUACACCUGCGAGCUGCGCAGAAUGAAGACGGCUGGGCGUGUCCUUGAGCGGCGAUUUAAGGCCUCUGGACUGACUGUCCACAAACAAGCCUACAGAGAGCACAGGAAGGCAUAUGCUGAAGCACUGAAGGCCACACGGUCCCAACAAAAGGUUGAUAGCAUCCGUUCACUCCUCCUCUCUACCACUGCUAUCCUGCCCCCCCCACAUGUUGACCCACCAACUGCGAUUGCUCAGACACUCUGCUCCUUUUCUCCCAUCUCACAGGAAGAGGUGGAGGGUAUCAUUGGAAAAAUGAGACCAUCCACCUGUGCCCUGGACCCCUUCCCCACAGUCCUGCUGAAAACCAACAUCUCUUUCAUCUCUCCUCUCAUCACUAACAUCAUUAACCACUCCCUCCAGACCGGCUAUAUCCCAUCUGCAUUAAAAGCUGCUGUCAUCAGACCACUACUGAAGAAACCCACCCUGGAUCCAGAAGUCCUGUCCAACUACAGGCCAAUCUCUAAUCUCCCAUUUCUGUCUAAAGUUCUGGAAAAAACAGUAGCAGCACAACUACAGGAUCACCUCAAACUCAAUAACCUUUUUGACAAGUUUCAGUCUGGGUUUCGCCCUGGCCAUAGCACUGAAACAGCUUUGGUCAGGGUCACCAAUGAUCUCCUGAGAGCAGCAGACUCUGGUUCACCAUCCUUACUUAUCCUCCUGGAUCUUACAGCUGCUUUUGAUACGGUUGACCACAAUAUUCUCCUCCAUCGCCUGCAAUACACUAUUGGACUUUCAGAACAAGCACUCAAAUGGUUCACCUCCUACCUGACUAACCGUACCGAGCACGUUGCCCUAGGAAAGGCAAAGUCACGCACCCACAAUGUCACCUGUGGUGUUCCUCAGGGUUCGGUGUUAGGUCCCACUCUCUUCACUCUUUACCUACUCCCCCUGGGCAAUCUCAUCACCAAGCAUGGUAUAUCCUACCAUUGCUACGCAGAUGACACACAGCUCUAUUUACGGACCACCCCCACUUCUUCCACUCCCUUACUAUCAUCCACACUGACCACUUGCCUGGAGGAGAUAGAGGCGUGGAUGAAGCUAAAUUUCCUUCAACUCAAUAGUUCCAAAACAGAAGCCAUCCUGGUUGGCACAAUUCAUCAGCUCCGCUCUUCCACCAUCACCAGUAUCUCAUUUUCUGGUCAAACGAUUCCCUUCUCUGCAUCUGUCACCAACCUGGGUGUCAAAAUGGACUCACAACUCACCUUUGACACCCACAUCAAACACCUCUGUAGGACGUCAUUCUACCACCUCAGAAACAUUGCAAAACUCCGUCCAACUCUCUCCUUGGCAGAUGCAGAGAAGCUCGUCCACGCCUUUAUCUCCUCCAGGCUGGACUACUGUAACGCACUCCUCAUCGGGAUACCUGGCAGGAGCAUCCAGAGACUGCAAUACAUCCAGAACUGCGCUGCCAGGAUCCUGAUGAGGGUGCGAAAAUUUGACCACAUCACCCCCAUCCUGAAAUCCCUUCACUGGCUCCCGAUCACACUCAGGAUUGAGUACAAGGUCUCCCUCCUCACUCACCAAUGCAUCCACGGUCACUCCCCCCAGUACCUUAAGGAACUCCUCACUCCCCAGACCCCCUCACGCACCCUCCGCUCUGCAGCCACCAACACUCUCCAAACCCCCAGAACCAAACUUUGCACCAUGGGAGAUCGGGCCUUCUCCUCUGCUGCUCCAAGGCUUUGGAAUGCUCUCCCCGACCACCUGAGAGCCCCACAAUCUAUUUCUGUUUUUAAACAAAAUCUUAAAACAUACCUUUUUACUAAAGCCUUUUGUUAA